CACCACAAAGCUGAUUUCCUCUUGCUCUGCUCUUCUCUCCCCUCCCAAAGAAUAACAACCUCCAUAAGAUAUUCCAACUCUCUUUCUCUUUCUCUUUCUCUUUCUCCCUCUCUCUCUGUAUACUCCAGAGGGGCAGGGGAGGGAAUGGAAUGAACAGUCAAAUGAUGUAAUGUUCAAAGUUUGUAUUCAAAUGCAAGCAGAUUCAGAGGUUUGUACUUGAUUUGAGAGAAACCCAGUUAGUCCAUGACAAUUCUUAUGGAAGAAACCCGAGAAAGCCCAGAAACAAAAGUGCUAGAAGAUAAGAAAAAACAGGAAGAUAGCAAUGACAAGUCAUUGCCCAGAGAAACCCGAGACAUCCCAGAAAAAGAAGAGCUAGAAGAUGUGAAAAACCAGGAGGAUGAGGAUAUGAAAAUACAGGAAAAUAGCGAUGAACAGUCAUCGCCAAGAGAAACCCGAGAAAUCCCUGAAACAGAAGAGCCAGAAGAUGUGAAAAGAGAAACCCAAGAAAUCCCAGAAAGAGAGUUGCUAGAAGAUGUGAAUAAACAGGAAGAUAUAAAAAUACAGGAAGAUAGCGAUGAUGAAUCAUCGCCAAGAGGGGUUUUAGAGAUUCCGAUUUCGGGUUCAGAUUCUGAUAAUAACAGCAGUAGUUUUAGCUCUUCAUCUGGCUCAUCUUUGAAUGAAAAAUCAGCCAAUAAUGGAGCUCAUUCUGGGGAGAAUCAGGGGUUACAUUGGAGGAAUUUGAUUGAUAACAUAAAAAAGAGGUCAAUGAGAAGAUUUUCCUCCAUAACAUUACUGGCUAGGUCCGAGCUUUCAAGGAAGACUUUGAGGAAGAGACUGGAGAGGAAUCAUAGUGCUGAGGAUUCUAUUGAUUGUGAGGAUUUUUUGGUGCCAAAGCCAUCAUGGAGGAAUUUCAGCUAUGAGGAGCUUGUGGCUGCAACUGAUAAUUUCAGUCCAGAUAACAUGAUCGGGAAAGGGGGGCAUGCAGAAGUAUACAAAGGAUGCUUAUCUGACGGUGAAAUCGUUGCUGUGAAAAGGAUAACCAAGAAAGAGAAGAAUGAUGAGGAUAGAGUUGGUGACUUCUUGUCUGAGCUGGGGAUUAUUGCUCAUAUCAACCACCCAAAUGCUGCUAAAUUGGUUGGGUUCAGUGCUGAUAAUGGUUUGCACCUUGUCCUCCAAUUUCUGCCCCAUGGAAGCCUUUCUUCUUUACUGCAUGGUUCAACAAAGAAUCUAGAAUGGAACAUAAGGUUCAGGGUGGCUCUUGGGGUAGCUGAAGGCUUGCAGUAUCUCCAUUGUGAGUGCCAGAGACGCAUUAUACACAGAGACAUCACAGCCUCAAACAUAUUAUUGACUGAAGAUUAUGAACCUCAGAUAUCCGACUUUGGGCUAGCAAGGUGGCUCCCGGAGAAAUGGACUCACCAUGUUGUCUCCCCAAUUGAGGGGACAUUCGGGUAUAUGGCUCCAGAAUAUUUCAUGCAUGGAAUUGUGGAUGAGAAGACUGAUGUAUUUGCUUUUGGGGUUCUAUUGCUGGAACUUAUAACUGGUCGCCGUGCAGUUGAUUCAUGCAGACAAAGCCUUGUGAUGUGGGUAUGAUUUGAAUAUGCUGAAACAUCCCACACAUUUUGAGUGCAUUCCCAAAAUUUUGCCUGUAUUCAAGCAAUUUCAGUUACAAAAUUUGUCAAUAACACAGAUUUAAACGUAGGUUUUUGGAAGUUGUCAUAAGACCUGUGAACAUUAGGCCACAAUCCAAGCACUAGUUUCACAGACUUGUUGACCUCUAGUUUAGGUUUGAUAUGACUGUAUGGUAGAUAGAAAUGGGACAUAGAGCAAUGGUAAGUGCUCAUCCACCCAAUUGAUAUGCCAGGGGCUCAAAUCCAGAAUUUAGACUGUCCAUAAUGGGGGUAAGGCCGCAUACCACAUACAUCUCUCUGAGGCAAGGCCUUCAUAUACAAUUAUACAGUGGAUGGAAUCCCAUUGGGCAUAUUUCAUCAUGAAAUCAUUUCCCCUCUUGUUUGUCUUCAAUUCGUAUGGUAGGUAAUCUUAAAAGUUACUACCCAAAAAUUUCACAUAUUCUAAGGUGGUUUAGUGGUAAAGAUUGGGUUAAUUUAGCCUAGACAGAAUAUCAUGGCAUUGAUGGAACUAUUAGGGAUAAUCUUAAGCUCAAUACCCACUUCUAAAGCGUCUUUUAUCUACGAGUUGGUUAUGAGAUUGAAUAUAGUCCAUAACAAACUCUCACUAAAUCGUGCCAAAAGAAAUUAAUAUCAUUUAAACCGAUACAGAGAGUUCAGGUGGCAGGGUAGUUAGUACCUCAAGUCUCCAAGAUCAAAUCUCAUAACACAACCUGAUUGACUUGAUGAGCAUUGGUUUGCACAGAAUUGCACACAUUUCGGGUUUAGUUAGCAACAUAGUCAAAAGGACAUGUGGUUGUAAGGUUGAUCAAUUGGUUCGAAGUUAUAAUAGAAAUCAAAUCAGGUAGCUAUCCUCGACAUUUUAAUUUUUCCUGCUUAUUCAGUUGCUUCCAAGUUUACUUCCCCUAACCCUCCUCUUGUUAUCAUUUUAACAAUCCUUUUCCAGACACUUCAACUUUCGGAACUGGAAAAACAUUUUGCAAGCAUAGAGCAUGAACUACUGAUACCUUGUGCAUUUAUGUGCAGGCAAAGCCACUGCUGGAGGAAAACAAUGGCGAAGAACUAGCAGACCCUCGUUUAGAAGAUGCUUAUGAUACCAUUGAAAUGAAACGCGCCAUGUUGACAGCCUCAACAUGCCUUCAUCACUUGCCUACCAUGCGUCCAAACAUGACCCGGGUUGUGCAGUUAUUGAGAGGUGAGACUAGAACAGUGGAUUUGCAACAAAAGUCUAUGGGAGGGAGGGCAGUGAUUGUGGAUGCCUGUGACCUAGAAGACUAUACUUGUACCACAUACCUCAAGGACCUCGAUAGACAUAUGGAACUUGUUAUGGAGUAAUGGCUUCUUUGAAAUCUUCACCAUUGCUUUUGCUGCUGCUCUGCUUCUUCUUCUUGCUGUGUGUGGGUGGAAGAUCAUAACACUGUGGCCCUGCAGUUUCUGCUUGGAAGAUGACAUUCACCAGAAGCUGUCUAUAUUUUGAAACUCAAAGCAUCAAAAUUCAAGAGUUGGGUUUCUUCUUGUUUCUUCUUCUAAGAGUGUUGCUUGUUGUGGAGAUGUAGGGAUUAGUGUGAGAAACACACAAUGCUGAGGAAACAAAAAGGUUGUAGUGUUAUUGAUAAUCCGAAAAAAAAAAUUCCAUCUUGUUUGUGGUUCUAUUCCAUUCCAUUUCAUGCAGUAUUUUAACCAAGAGCCAUCCAAUCAUGCGC